AUGGGUAAAAAAACUAAAAAGAACCAACCAAACUUCUGGGACGAGGAAAUUGAGGGUGAAGAUCCUCAAUCCCCCACUGUGAACUCUGCAGCUGCAAGUACUGUUGAUGAAACUGUUGAAUCUGCAGGUGGAUCUGAGAUUGAGGCUGCAGAAGGUGUUGAAGGGGAUUUCAUGUCUACCUUAAAGAGCUCCAAGAAAAAGAAGGAUACCAAGGAAUCCGUUAAGGACGAACAAAAGCCCGUUUUGAAGUCUAAGAAGGAGAAGGAGAAGGAAAAGAAGGAGAAGGAAAAGCAGCUGAAGAAGGAAGCCGCCUUGAAGAAGAAAGCUCAGCAGCAAGCUCAAAAGGAGAAAGCGAAGGAACUUCAUGCUGAGAAUGUCAUGAAGCUAAAAGCCGACAAGGGUGAGAAGGCUUCAGGAGAAAGUAGCCCUGCUCCUGCAAAGAAAAAGAAGGUUCCUGCCGGUCUUGCUGCUUUAAAGAAACAAUUGGAGUUGAAGAAGCAGUUAGAGGAGCAAGAGAGACUUGCUAGAGAAGAGGAAGAAAGAUUGGAGAAAGAAGAGCAGGAGCGUUUUGAGAAGGAAGAAAGCGAGCGUCAAGCUGCUUUGCAAGCUAAAAGAGAGAAAGACAAGGCCAAGAAGGAGAAAUUAAAGGCCGAAGGUAAGCUUUUAACAAAGAAGCAAAAGGAAGCUAAGAAGUUAUUGGAAGCAAGACGUGCUGCGCUUUUAGCUUCUGGUGUUCAGGUUGCUGGUUUGGCAAAAAAGGAUGACGAUCAAUCGUCAUCUGAUAGGCCAAAGAAGAUUGUUUACAAUAAAAAGUCCAAGAAGACAACAAAACAAGUGGAAACCAAAGAGUCAAAAACUGAGACUAAAACUGUGAAGGAAUCCACUGUUGAUGACGAGGAGGAUGUUUUAAUUGAUGACUGGGAGAACUUGGCUCUUGAUGAUGGUGACGAAGACGAAGACGACAAGCAGGAUGAGAAUUCUGACGAUUCUAAUGAACAGGAACAAGAAGCUGGAGAGCAAAAGAAAGAAAAAGCUGCUGCUGCUGCUGCUCCUUCUCCUCCUCCUCAUCCAGCUCCAUCUCCUAUAUCUACUCCUGUUCCACUAACAGAAGGUAAUAAGGAUUUGCGUUCCCCAAUUUGUUGUAUUUUGGGUCACGUCGAUACCGGUAAGACUAAAUUAUUGGACAAAAUCAGACAAACUAAUGUGCAAGGUGGUGAAGCCGGUGGUAUUACGCAGCAGAUUGGUGCUACAUACUUCCCCAUUACAGCCAUUAGACAGAAAACCGCAGUCAUGGCAGCAUAUGAAGAACAAUCGUUUGAUGUUCCAGGUCUGUUAGUUAUUGAUACUCCUGGUCACGAGUCUUUCACCAAUUUACGUUCUAGAGGUUCUUCCUUAUGUAACAUAGCCAUUUUGGUUAUUGACAUUAUGCAUGGAUUGGAGCAACAGACCAUUGAGUCUAUCAGAUUAUUGAGGGAUAGGAAGGCACCAUUUAUUGUUGCCUUGAACAAAAUUGAUAGAUUGUAUGACUGGAAGGAAAUUCCAAACAACUCUUUCAGAGACUCUUUUGCAAAGCAAAGUAGAGCCGUUCAACAGGAAUUCCAAACCAGAUUAAGCAACAUUCAAUUGCAAUUGUCAGAACAGGGUUUGAAUUCUGAAUUGUACUUCCAGAACAAGAAUAUUUCGAAAUAUGUUUCCAUUGUUCCAACUUCUGCUGUUACCGGUGAAGGUAUUCCAGAUUUGUUGUGGUUACUACUGGAAUUGACACAGAAGAGGAUGUCAAAGCAAUUGAAAUACUUGUCUCAUAUUGAAGCUACCGUGCUUGAGGUUAAGGUCAUCGAAGGUUUUGGUACCACUAUCGACAUUAUUCUAUCAAAUGGUUACUUAAGAGAAGGUGACCGUAUCGUGCUGUGUGGUCUAAAUGGUCCUAUUGUCACUAAUGUCAGAGCUCUUUUGACUCCACAACCUUUGCGUGAGUUGCGUUUGAAAUCCGAAUAUGUUCACCACAAGGAAGUUAAAGCAGCAUUAGGUGUCAAGAUCGCCGCUAAUGAUUUGGAAAAAGCUGUUGCAGGUUCCAGAUUAUUAGUUGUAGGUCCAGAUGAUGAUGAGGAGGAUCUAAUGGAUGAAGUUAUGGAUGAUUUGACCGGAUUGCUCGACUCAGUCGACAAGACGGGUAAGGGUGUCGUUGUGCAGGCGUCCACCUUAGGUUCAUUGGAAGCUCUAUUAGAUUUCUUGAAGGAUAUGAAGAUUCCAGUUAUGUCUAUCGGUUUAGGGCCUGUUUAUAAGCGUGAUGUCAUGAAAACCACCACCAUGUUGGAAAAAGCUCCAGAAUUUGCUGUUAUGUUAUGUUUUGAUGUCAAAGUUGAUAAAGAAGCUGAACAAUACGCUGAAGAACAAGGUGUCAAAAUUUUCAACGCUGAUAUUAUUUACCACUUGUUUGAUGCGUUUACAGCUUACCAAGAGGAAUUGAUGGAAAAGCGUCGUAGAGACUUUAUGGACUUUGCUAUUUUCCCAUGUGUUUUGAACACUUUGCAAAUUAUCAAUAAGCGUGAACCAAUGAUCAUCGGUGUCGAUGUUAUUGAAGGCUCUUUGAGGAUUGGAACCCCAAUCUGUGCUGUUAGGACUGAUCCAACUACAAAGGAAAAGAUUACUCUAUUGCUAGGUAGAGUUGUUUCCUUGGAAAUAAACCAUCAAGCAGUUACUGAGGUAAAAAGAGGCCAAACAGCUGCUGGUGUUGCAAUGCGUUUAGGAAACCCAUCCGGUCAGCAACCAAUAUGGGGUCGUCAUGUUGAUGAAACGGAUGUUUUGUAUUCUGGUCUUUCCAGAAAAUCAAUUGAUACAUUAAAGGAUCCAGCUUUCAGAGAUCAAGUACCAAAAACUGACUGGAUGUUGAUUCGUAAGUUGAAACCUGUUCUUGGUAUCGAAUAG